AUGCCCUCACUAGUGCUGUUGAGCGUCUUGGCCGUCGUGGCUCUGUCGCUUGCAGUCGCAUUCUAUCGUGUCACACUCCAUCCUUUGGCCAGGAUACCAGGUCCCGGUAUAGCCGCGGUCACCAGCUUCUGGCAAGCGCAUCAUGUACGCAAUGGCCACAUGCGUGAACUAGCCAAGACCUUACACAAGACGUACGGUCCAGUUGUUCGGGUCGGCCCCAAUGAGGUCUGGUUUGACUCGAAAGAAGCCGUGGAUGUCAUUUAUGAGACAAACAAAGAGCGCUAUCGCUUCCAGAGACGGAGCCUCGGUCCAGUCUAUUCCAUCGCCAACGUGAAGAAGUAUGAGGCAGUAGUAGACGCGGUUCUUGACAGAUUCGUGGGAAAACUGAAAACCUUCAAUGGCAAGGUAGAAGUUGACCUGGCAGAGUGGAUGCAUAUUCUAGCCCUCGAAACGCUCGGCAGUGUGGUCUUGGAUUGGAGUCCUGGCCAGAUCGAGGCAGGGUCAGAUGAGGGAAUGCUCUCUGGCACCUGCACUACAUGGAAAGCUUGUAGUGUGCUUGGUUUGUUUAGCCCAAUCGUUAUGGUCGGGGGGCUCGUCUCUCCGUUGAAGUACCUGUUUCCGGUGUUGGCUGGAUUGGUGCCCUUGCUCGGGCCAGGUGGUGAUGGUCAUUGGCGCGUUAUUGGCGAGAUAAUCAACAGAAGACUCAGAGAAGGCUCGCCACAGGGCCGAAGACCCGAGGGAGAUAUCUGCGACGAUAUAUUCUACAUGCGACUGAAGAAGUCCGAAUUCACCAGAGCGGAUCAUGUGGGCAUGUUGUUCCAAAACUUUACAGCUGGCCACGAUACUAUAGGCGCAGUCAUGACUGCGGCGUUGGCCCUUUCGUGCACAGACUCCCGAACCCAGAGCGAGAUCAAAAAGGAAUUGAUUGAUGCCACCAAUCCCACACUUUUUGAUAAUACGAAGCUGCUGAAGUACACACAGGCUUGUAUAAAGGAGUCGCAGAGAUUAUACCCAGUAAUUUCCAUGUCGCUGAUGCGGGCAGUGCCGUGGACAGGGCUCAAUUUGCAUGGAUACUAUUUUCCCCCGGGAACGACCGUUGGUUGCAACCCCACGGCUUAUCACCAUAACACGGCAGUAUUCGGAGAAAACGCGGGUUCAUUCAACCCAGAUCGUUGGCUAGGUUCGCCUGAGGCGCAUGUAAAUCUGGAUCAUGCUGCCUUAACAUGGGGAGGAGCAAACCGGCGGUGUCCUGGGCAGCAUCUGGCGCAGCUGAUUUGCAGCAAAGCAUUCGCCAGGUUGAUGAAAGACUUUGAUAUCAGAGUGGAAAGGCCAGAUGACCGAGAUAUUCCGUUUUAUUUCUUGGCUACGAUGACUGGGAUAAUUGGAGACUUUGCAAAGGCCAAAAUGGCAUAG